AUGCAGAUCUUACAGGCCGUCCAAGACCUGGCUCAAGAUGUAAAGGAACAACGGUCUUCGGGCGUAGCCGAUACACCCUCUCAAACCCACCAGCCAACGAGGCACAAUGAAGCUGACUCUCUGGUCAACUUGACUGCUACACCGCAGUCCAUUGCAGUUCCCGAAGGUCACGUCGAAAGAUUCUCCGAAGGUCUCGACAGCGUCUUGAAAUGGAAUGUGUUCCCUUUAGAUGUCAACCCUAUCCCUAUCGAUAACGGAAGCUUGAUGGCUAUGCCAGACGAGCUCCCCCCAAUAAGUUUCCCAGAGCUAAAGAGGCUGCAGAAAUGCUAUCUCAGUACUGUCCACAGCGUCAAUCCCAUUCUAGACGUCGCUGUACUCGACCACAUCUGGUUCAUGUGCAAUUUACAGCCACUCGAGGCCUGGAGGUACUUCACCAUGGCCGGAAACUCCUGCUACUCUGCAAUAUGGGCGAGGGAACCCACUAUGUCUGCUGGGCCGCCGAAUUCCCCCUCUAGUCCACAAGCAAUCAAGCAAAGCAUUUUCUACACUGCAUAUAAAUCGGAAGUCGAGAUCCGCUACGAAAUACCCAGUUUACCAGGCUCAAUGCUGGAACACAUCGAGGAUCGCCUCACGUUUCCAUCGCCACCAGCAGCGAACUGUCUGUUCGACGAGACUAUAGCUUGGUACUACUUCCUCGCAGACAUCGCUGCCCGACAUUUGAUCAACCGCAUCAUCGACGCCAAAGUCGAGAUCUCUGGAUGCCCCAGCGAAGCGCAAGCCAACUCUUUACUGCGUUCAUAUGAGGUUUUUGGCUCGCAGCUACAGGACUGGUAUCUGUCCCUCCCACCAGAAAUAUCGUUCCCGCCGCCGGAUGCAACUAUUUCCUCCGAGUCGAAUAUCUACAAAAGAAUCCUCCGUUCGCGGUAUCUAUUCAUCAAGGAGCUUCUGUGUCGGUCGUUCGUACGGCUGUGUCUAAACUACGACCUCAAACUCCCCAGUGCUCUGGAUGACGAGAUUGUCCGUAUAGCCUCCUUGGGCCUCCAGUACUGUGCCUGGAGACUGAAAGCUGUGGAUCGAAUGAACAAACUGGACCAUGGACUGUGGAUAUGGAUUCGAAAUAGUACAGCUUGUUCCAUGAUACUGAUUGGUGCUGCUCGGAGCCUCCAGUCCCAGUCCGCAACUGCAUCUGGGCGACUAGUUCUUCCUGGAGAUUGGCGUGAGACCGUUGUUAGUUUCUUGCAUGGACUUGAGAAGUAUUCUCACGAAACGAGAGGUGGCGUAGCUUCAUGCUAUCGACUUGUGACAUGGGGUCUUGACGGGUUUCAGCCAAGCUCACCAAAUAUUAUUUAA